CUUCAGAUGUCGAUAACCUGCAAUUGCCCGAUGUCCCAGCCGGGCCCUACGCUGGCAGCUACGUGUGGUGGAGGCGCCUUCAUGCUAUUCAUGGGUCUACUGGAAGUUUUCCUCAGAAGCCAAUGUGACUUGGAAGACCCUUGUGGAAGAGCGCAGUAUCGUCGUCACAUGGACUCCGUGUACGAUUUCAUCGUAGUUGGCGGUGGUUCUGCGGGUUCUGUGGUCGCAUCCAGACUGUCUGAGGUCCCUGAGUGGAGAGUUUUGUUACUAGAGGCUGGUUUCGAUGAGCCCACGGGCGCCCAGGUGCCGUCUAUGUUCCUGAACUUUAUUGGAUCUAGUAUAGACUGGGGAUACCACACAGAACCAGAACCCGCAGCCUGCCUCAGCGAAAAGGACAGAAAAUGCUACUGGCCUAGAGGAAAAGUAUUAGGUGGAACAUCAGUAAUGAACGGAAUGAUGUACAUACGAGGCUCCCGCAAGGAUUACGACGACUGGGCGGCGGCAGGUAAUGAAGGCUGGUCCUACGAGGAUGUACUACCUUACUUCUUGAAAUCUGAAGACAACAAACAGGUGGAGGAGAUGGACAAGGGCUACCACGCUACUGGAGGGCCUUUGACAGUAUCGCAGUUCCCAUAUCAUCCGCCUUUGAGUUACAGUAUUAUCAAAGCAGGAGAGGAGUUAGGCUACCAGGUUCGCGAUCUAAACGGUGAGGCACACACAGGCUUUGCCAUCGCCCAAACCACGAACCGCAACGGUUCCCGCCUGAGUGUAGCGCGAGCUUUCCUGCGACCGGCCAAGAAUCGCCCCAACCUCCACGUUAUGCUCAACGCAACUGUUACGAAAGUUCUCAUCAACCAGACCACGAGGCAGGCAUACGCUGUUGAAGUUAGGAACAGCUUCGGCGGAACUGAAGUUAUAUUUGCUAAUAAUGAAAUUAUUUUAAGCGCCGGUGCAGUGGCGUCUCCCCAAAUCCUACAACUCAGUGGUAUCGGCGACCCCGACGUGCUUUCCCGCGCAGGCGUCCGCCUCGUGCACAAGCUCCCAGCGGUGGGACGCAACCUGCACAACCACGUUGCCCACUUUUUGAAUUUCUACGUGAAUGACAACAACACUGCACCUCUGAACUGGGCAACUGCGAUGGAGUAUUUACUAUUCAGAGAUGGGCUUAUGUCUGGGACUGGUAUAUCCGAAGUGACAGCGUUCUUCAAUACGAAAUAUGCGAACCCAGAAGAAGACAACCCUGACGUGCAACUGUUCUUCGGCGGUUUCCUCGCAGACUGCGCCAAGACCGGUAUGGUGGGGGAGAAGCUAGGGGAUGGCUAUCGUUCCGUGCAAAUGUUCCCCGCCGUCCUGCAUCCGAAGAGUAGGGGGCGCUUGGAGAUAGCGAGCGCUGAUCCUUUUGAAUACCCAAAAAUAUACGCCAAUUACCUCACUCACCCUGAUGACGUCAAAACCUUAAUCGAAGGCAUCAAAUUCGCAAUCAAGCUCUCCGAGACCAAGGCUAUGAAGAAGUACGGCAUGAAGCUGGACAAGACGCCAGUGAAAGGCUGUGAGAAGAUCAAGUUCGGAUGCGAUGCGUACUGGGAGUGCGCUGUGCGCAUGCGCACUGCACCGGAGAACCACCAGGCUGGCUCUUGCAAGAUGGGCCCGCGGGGAGACCCUACCGCCGUUGUUGAUAAUUUGUUGCAGGUGCAAGGUAUUGACCGGUUACGAGUAGCGGACGCAAGUAUAAUGCCAGCUGUGACCUCAGGUAACACCAACGCGCCCACUAUCAUGAUCGGUGAGCGAGCCGCUGACUUCAUCAAGAAACGCUGGUUAGGAGGAUCCAACAUCCCGUACCCCCUCAACAAUGAGGAAGGAGUGUCCAACGUGCUGUCAGUGAGCGAGAGUCGGUACCCGAUCUGGCAGCGGUUCAACUGAUCCGACCUCACCUUUAGUUAUAAGACACCACUAGUAAAAUACUCCUAGAAUAAGCCCAAACAAAUCUUACUGAUAUACUUUUUUCUAAUUUAUAUUACCGUCAAGUUAUUCGAUAUAAUCCCGAUACCUAUUUAUACUUGGAUAACAUAAUGUUAUGAAAUAACGAAAAAUGUACAAUUUUAUACUUUUUCUACUAUUUUGUGAAAAUUGUUCACUAUCUCUUACUCUAAGUAAAAAAGUUACCAUAAACAAAUAAUUUAAAUUAAGCUACAUGUUAUUUUGUAUAAUUAUAUAGAUUUAUUUCGUUAUGUACAAAUAGAAUUAGCUAUAGUCAAUACUUAGAUUAAUACACUAUUUAUGAUAAAAUUAUUCUUUUAUACUUACUUUCAUGAUCGGAAUUGAUUUUUAAACCAGAACACGCCACAUGUCAAGAUGUAUUUCAUACAAUAAAAUAAUGUUUUCUUAUUAAAAUACAGAGCUACUACUAUAGAGAUCGUUGAAAGGUUUGAAAAACCUUGGUCAUUUUUAAAAAACUAGGGAAUUUCGAAUGCACUAACUGUAAUCAUUACUUUUUUUAUCAAUGUCAUACUCAUUACUAUCAUAUACAUUUUUCAUAACCGAUUCAUUUCUCUAAAUUAUUUAGAAAUAAAUAUUUUUUUAUAAAAUAAUAAGACUAAAUUUUUGAGAAGCU